AUGUCAGCGCCCCCGCCCCCGCCACCGCCGGCUCCACCUCGAUGGCAGUGCAAAAUAUGCUGGGAAGACGACGUGGACGACAAGACUUUCAUCGUAAAUGAUCCAAUGUGCAAAGACUGUAUCCGGGUCCACGCCUUCGAGCGAGCUCUCAAACUGGAAAACAAGUUCCCACCGCAGUGGGAAGGAGAGCUUGUUGAUAUGGACGACUUUCGACACCUCCCCGAUGACGACUACAUGCGGAGAUACGAGAGGCGGGUGUUCGAGUUGUCUUUCCCGGUUCCCGAACGAAUCUACUGCGGUCAUCCAGAUCGAGGACGCCCGGAGCCAGCAUUCUUCAUCGGCCAAAGACAGCCAGAUACUGACCAAGUCUGUCAUCGAUGCUCCAUCUGUGGACAGUACGCAUGCAUGACUUGUGGAAAGAUCGUCACCGAGAAUGGCGGAGGGCAAGAGGAGAAGAUCCAACAUGAUUGCAACCCUCAUGCCGAAGAGGAGUUUCAGGCUCAAUCAUUGUCUAGUGUGGAAAUCGGCGUCCAAUACCAAGAGUGUCCGAAUGUCAAUUGCCAGCGACCACUGAACAAAGAUGGAGGCUGUAACGAGGUCGCCUGUGAAUGCGGUACACACUACUGCUACACAUGCGGCGUGGAGCUGCAGCCUCCUUAUGCCGACCACUGGGACUGGUACGGCGGUGGGUGUCAGCAGUCCGGCCCGAGGAGAAGACGUUCCUCCGAAGAAGUGUCUUUUGACGAUGGGCGAUCAGGAGUACUCCCGCAGACGAUUCUUCAAGUUGCAGGGGGAGCACCAGCGGCCUGGCAUUCCGCCGCCACCUGA